AUGACUCUGCCAAUCUUCAAUUUGAACGCUCCUCGGAGACUGCCGCAACAGCCUAACCCAAACGCGGUCCGUGACUACAUUCGUCAGACCCUCAUCACCAGGCUGGAUACAACUUCUACCUUUGCAGACGAAGUAGCCGCAAAAUGGCCUGUUCGACGAUCAUAUGAACUCUACGCAGCUUCAUCCGAGAAUCUUGGCAAAGUUUUUGGCCAGGAAUUAGGGCCUGUCCUACAUCGUAUAGUACAAGAUGAUAUUCGCGAAGACUGGUGGAACUCUUACGACGCACUGCUACGGUCAGGAUUCUUGGCCAUUUCUGUUACCCUGUCAAUCUAUUUCUUCGUUUGUGCAUGCCGGGGAUCGACUCUUCGGGAGGCUCGCUGUGCGUUCAUUGGAGCCAUUGCAUGGGCAGACUCGCUUGCCGAGAGGCAAGAGAAGCAAAGGUCCUGA